CUAAAUAAAGUGGUUGUUCUUUGUCUGAUUAGUUGUAAGAUGUAAUAGAUUUUAAAAUGUGAGCUAAUGUAAUAUUUUGUGACCUUGACCAUGGGUCAUAGAAAUAUAAAAAUAUGUUAUUUGUUAAGCUUUACCUAGAGUGGUUGUUUGUUAAGGGGUUUGAUAGAGAUUAGUUGUAAGAUGUCAUGUUAUAGGACUUGUGUGAUGGCACUUGAUUCACCUAACAAAAUUUAAAACAUUUUAAAUGUAAACUAAUGUAAAAGUUAUAAUUUAUAUUAGAGUGGAUAUAUAUCUUGUAGUUGUUUUUUUUAUCUUGCAGUGAGAGUCUUUAAUAUUACUUUUUCUAUAAAAUGCUCUAGUUAGUCGUAUCCUUUUGACUUCCUAGUAAAAUAUAUUUGAUUUGUGAGCAAUAGUUUCUCCAGCUUAUUAAUUUUCACUGCUGCUUAUUAGUGGCUUCUUAUCAAUCCUAGCGGCUAGUUGCUUGGAUGUAGAUGCUCCAAUUCUAAUCAACACAAUGACACUCUAAAAUGGAUAAGAACAAGAAGCCAAAGAAGGUGAGUGGAGAAAUCUGGUUAGCGGACUUCUCUUCGGGACUGCUGCGCAACAGGGUUGCCGGAAGUGUCACCGCUGUUCAAAGGGAGCAUGUCGCGCUCAUGCAAGCCCAGAGGAAGUUUCAGAUCGCCCACUACGGGAGGACUCCGGCCAAGAUCGAGGAGUUGGCGGGUUCUAUUGAGUGUCCCGGCAUUGCCAUGAGCGCCUCCCAAGAAGAGAAGAAGUGCAACUUCACAACACCGAGUUCAGAUCCUGUGUAUGUUGCUUAUCAUGAUGAGGAAUGGGGAGUUCCAGUUCAUGAUGACAGGAUGUUGUUUGAGUUGCUUGUUCUAAUAGAAGCUCAAGUGGGGAUGGACUGGACUACUAUACUGAAGAAGAGGAAUGAAUUCAGGUUAGAACUAAUGCUAGAAACAGUUUUUAUUCAGAGGAAAGUACUUGUUUCAAACAAUUUAGAAUCUUGA